ACGAAUGAUCAGUCAGGCAGUGAAAUCAAGUGGCGUCGUAAUGUUUGUAUUUUGGAAAGUUUACAGCUGAAAUCCUCCGAUAUACAAUGGCGUGACAGUUUAAUCCUCCUGUUAGCUGAGCUUUCACCUGGAGCUGAACCUUUCGCGUCCCUCCUCUGAAUGGACGGUGGGAUUUAACUUCUCUAGACGCCAUGGCAGCAGUUUCCCUCCUGUGAUGGAUGUGAGUGACGCGAGCGAUGAGUUUAAUGGAGAGAUGGAGUCUGCAGAUGACCUGGCGUCCUUCGAGGUGGUGAAUAUGUCGAACCCGGGUCUGCUGGACUUCAGCGCAGACGUCCAGGGGUCAAAGGAGAAGACCAAACUCAAAACCAAACUCAUGUCAGCAUGGCAUAAUGUCAGAUAUAGAGGCUGGUCUCUGAAGAGUAAACCACGGCUCAGUAAGAGCAGUCCUGUGUGUCUGCUGGGUCAGUCCUAUCAGCUGAGCUCCACCGGGGUGCGGGAGAGUUUUCGGCGAGUGUUCUCCUCUCUGCUGUGGAUGAGCUACAGGAGAGGAUUCCCGCCGCUGGACGGCUCCACGCUCUCGUCUGAUGCGGGAUGGGGCUGCAUGCUUCGCAGCGCACAGAUGCUGCUCGCUCAGGGGCUGCUGCUGCACAUCAUGCCCACCGGCUGGACGUGGCCUGCGACGCAUCAUCAGACCAAAGAUGACCUGGAGGUGCUGGACGCUCACGGUUCCCUCAGACACUCAGAAAAGUCUCGCAGAUGCAGUUUAGGCUCCGCGUUAGACGGUGAGAGUCACGAGGAGAGGUCGCACCGGAGGAUCGUCUCCUGGUUUGGGGAUCUGCCGUCUGCUCCAUUUGGCCUGCACCGGCUGGUGGAGCUGGGCAGGGCUUCUGGGAAACGGGCGGGUGACUGGUACGGACCCGCCAUCGCUGCUCACAUACUGCAGAAGGCCGUGUCGGCGUCAGAGUUGUCCGAUCUGGUGGUGUACGUGGCUCAGGACUGCACAGUGUACACUGGAGACGUGGUAAACCUGUGCAGGACGCCCCGCACAGAUCUGUCAUGGAGGAGCACGUCUGGCUGGAAGUCACUAGUUCUGCUGGUUCCAGUGCGUUUGGGCUCGGAUGGGUUGAAUCCUGUUUACACUGGGUGUGUGAAGAGGCUGCUGGAGCUGCGCUGCUGUUUGGGAAUCAUUGGAGGAAAACCCAAGCACUCACUCUACUUUGUGGGAUACCAGAAUGAUCAGCUGAUCUAUUUGGAUCCUCAUUGCUGUCAGUCUGCUGUGGACGUCCAGCAGGAUCACUUCCCUUUAGAGUCAUUUCACUGUAAAACAGUCAGGAAGAUGGCGUUUAGCCGCAUGGACCCCAGCUGUACGGUGGGCUUUUAUGCCAGAAGCAGAGCAGAUUUCCACAGUCUGUGUUCAGACGUCAGUAAGGCUCUGUCAUCAUCCGAGGAGAAAUAUCCCGUCUUCACCUUUGUGGAGGGUCACAGUGAGGGUCAGAGCGGCUCUACAUCAGACAUGGACAUCACAUACACAAAAACCAAAAACAAACUGAGUCGAAAUCAAAAGAGGAGCAGCACGGAGGAAUUUGUGCUCCUGUGACUCACCAUGACCGUUUCCUGUUUACUUCCUCCAAUCGGAGUCAUGUGGUCAAGGACUCCGCAAUCACAUAUUAGGCGCAUUUUGAAGGGACAUUUUGGUCAAAAAUGAAAAUUCUGUCAUCAUUCAAAACCAGUUUGAGGUUCUUUCUUCUGUUGAACACGAAUGAAGAUAUUUUGAAGGAUGUUGGAAAAACUAACAUUGGCUUCCAUAGAGUUUUUGGUUUUAGUAUGUGAAUGGCAGCUUUUAGCCAACAUUCUUCAGAUUAUCUUGUUUUGUGUUCAACAGUAGACAGAAAUUUAGUUUAGAAUCAUGCGAUGAAUAAAGGGGUGAACUCUCCUUUAAAAAAAAAGCUAGUUUUAUAGUUCCCCCAGAGUAAAACAGGUGAGUUUUACCAUUUUUGACUCCAUUCAGCUCAUCUCUGCGUCUUUUAGCCUAACUUCAUAGCUAAUUCAUUGAAUCAGAUUAGACCAUUAGCAUCUCAGAAAUGACCAAAGAGUUUUGAUAAUUUUUCUAUACACAACUUGACUCUUCUGUAGUCGCAGUGUACACUACAACUGAAAAUGAACUCAAUAAUAUUAUACAAUACCUGAAGAUAGUCCUCUGCUAGCCAGCUAGAUAACCACUGCGUAAUAUCAUGGUACAGCAGUAAAAUAUAGUUUCUAGCCAUAUCAGUCUAGAAAAUGCCACCUUUUUAUUUUCUUUUGGUCUUAGUGCACAGUGUAACUACAGAAGAGUCGAGCUAGAAAAACGGAUCAUUUUUAAAAUGCUAAUGGUCUAAUCUGAUUCAAUGAUUUAUGCUAAGCUAAGCUAAAUCUGCUUCUUCCAGAUGCAGAGAUUAGCUGAAUUGAUUAAUAAAAAUGGUAAAACUCAACUGUUUAACUCUAGGUGACUCAUAAAAUAAGUCUAUUUCUAAAAAACUAAAAAAAAGUAUAUUUAAGCAGGUAUUAGAAAAUCUGACAGUGUUUUAUGCUAGAACAUGUGGCAGCAUUUGCCAUUUGGGUAUGUAAACAUGAGUUUUCACCUCAAACUGCUGUUUUUCAGCUCCUCAGAGUGAAAUAGGUGAGCUUUAUAAUUUUUGACUUCAUUCAGUCAAUCUCUAGGUCUGGCAGGAUCACGUUUAGCUUAACUUAGCAUAAUUUGUUGAAUCAGAUUAGACCGUUAGCAUUUGAGAAAUGACCAAAGAGCUUUGAUCAUUUUUCUAUCGACAACUUGACUCUUCUGUGCACUAAGACUGAAAAUGAACCCAAUUAUAUUAUACUAUUUUAUAUUACUAUAUAUACUAUAUUAUAUCUAUUUAAUUCAUGAAAAUAGCUAGUUUGCUAGAUAACCGCUAUGUAAAAUCGUGGUAUGGCAGCAAAGCUUUUAUUAUUAUGCCAGAAUGUGAGUAUAGUUUCUAAACAUAUUGGUCUUUAAAAUAUCAACUUUUAAUUUCUUUUUGUUUCUUAAUGCACAGAAGAAUCACGCUAGAAAAACUGCGAUCAUUUUUGAGAUGCUAAUGGUCUAAUCCAAUUCAAUGAUUUAUGCUAAGCUAAGCUAAAAGUGCUCCGACCAUACUUUGAGAUCAGCUGAAUUGAUGAUAAAAGGGUAAAGCUCAACUGUUUAACUUUAGGUGACCUUAUAAAACAAGCCAGUUUCUAAAAAAACAAAGUGAAGAGAAGCAGACAUUAGAAAAUCUGACAAUGUUUUAUGCUAGGACAUAUGGCAGCUUUUGCUGUUAGAUUAUGUAAGCAUGAGUUUUCCCCUCAAACUGCUGUUGUUGUCUUGUGUUUCUGUAGUGUAAACACACUGAGCUCUAUGUGUGUGUGUGUUUGCUGAGCAGGUGGCUAAGCAGAUUAUGGCGGAUGCGUUUGCUGUGAUGAUAAUGGCUGCAGACAGUGAGGAUCUCAGACAGACCAGACGUGCAGACGCUACUCUUUGACAGGCAAACAUGAGAUCUGGUUGCUUUAAACGCUGUGAUUCAGUCUUAAAGGGAUAGUUCACCCCAAAAAAGUGAAACCUCAGUCAUCACGUACUUAUUUGGUGCAAAAACUCCUGUUUGAGUUUCUCUCAUCUAUUGAACACAAAUGAGAAUAUACUGAAGAAUGCUGGAAAAACAGCCAUUGGCUUCAAUAGUAUUUAUUUAUUAUGUCCCUAAUAUGGAAGUUAAUUCUGCCUUCUCUAACAUUCUUCAAAAUAUCUUGUUUAGUGUUCAACAGAAGAAAGAAGGAAAUACUUGAGUAAAUGAUAUUUUCAUUUUUAGGUAAAUUUUGGUUGGUUUAAACACUGUGAUUUAGUCUUAAAGGGACAGUUCCCUCUGAAAAAUGACACUUCAGUCAUCAUUUACUCAUUUGUUCCAAACACGUCUUGAGUUUCUUUCUUCUGUUGAACUCAAAGUAAUAUAUACCGAAGAAUGCUGAAAAAAAACAGCCAUUGACUUGUGUAGUAAUUUAUUUUUGUUCCUAAUGUGGAAGUCAGUGGCUGAUUUUCCUUCAAAAUAUCAUCUUUAGUGUUCAACAGAAGAAAGAUAUUUAGUUUGGACCCACUUGAGUAAACCUGGAAACAGGCCUAGAUAACUGCUGUGUAACACCAUGGUACAGCAGCGGAGUUCCUUGAGUAUUACGUAUAGUUUCUAGCCAUAUCAGUCUACAAAAUAACACCUUUUAAUUUUCUUUUGGUCUUCGUGGACAGUGUAACUAAAGAAGAGUCAAACAGGAAAAUCAUCAAAACUGGUAAUCUUUGAGAUGCUAAUGGUCUAAUCGGAUUCAAUGAUCUAUGCUAAGCUAAAACUGCUUCCAGACCUGGGGAUUGAGUGAAUUGAUUUUUUUUAAAAUGGUAAAACUCAACUCUUUAACUCUAGGGAAGCUGUAAAAUGAGCUUUUAUUCAAAAACAAAAAGUGGAGUGUUCAUUUAAGGAGGGAUUAGAAAAUCUGACAAUGUUUUAUGCUAGUACAUGUGACCGCUUUUGCUGUUUUGAUUAUGUAAACAAGAGUUUUCCCCUCAAACUGUUUUUGGGAAAUAGGUUAAUUUUACAGCUCCUUAGAGUGUGAGUUUUACCAUUUUUGACUCCAUUCAGCUGAUCUCAGAGUCUGGCGGAGCUUCUUUAGCUUAGCAUAAUUCAUUGAAUCAGGUUAGACCAUUAGCAUCUGAGAAAUGGCCACACUGUGCACUAAGACUGAAAAUGAACACAAUUAUGUUAUACAAUUCCUGAAAAUAGAUAGUUAGCAAGAUAACCUAUGUGUAAUAUCGUGGUACGGCAGCAAAGUUCCUCGAUUAUUAUGCCAGAAUAAAAGUAUAGUUAGAAAACAGCACCUUUUUAUUUUCUUUUGGUCUAAGUGCACAGUGUAACUACAGAAGAGUCAAGCUAGAAAAACUAUCUAAUUAUUUUUGAGAUGCUAAUGGUCUAAUCUGAUUCAAUUAUUUAUGCUAAGCUAAGCUAAACCUGCUUCUUCCAGACCUGGACAUAGACAGAAUUGAUUUACAAAAAUGGUAAAACUCUGCUCUUUAACUCUAGGGAAGCUGUAAAAUGAGCUUUUAUUAUUAUUUAUAGUUUCUUCUGUUGAACACAGAUGAGGAUAUACUGAAGAAUACUGGAAAACCAUUGACUUUCAUAGUAUUUAUUUAUUUUGUUCCUAAUAUGAAAGUCACUGGCUGUUUUCUCUUUAAAGUAUCUUGUUUGGUGUUGAACAGAAGAAAGAUAUUUAGUUUGCAGUAAAUAAUGUGGACAUUUUCAUUAUAGGGUGAACUGUCCCUUUAAUGUUACCUUUAUAGUAUGUUACUGUUUGUUCUGUUAAAGCAUCAUAUGAUGAUGUGGGUGUAAAGUGUUUUGGUGUGAUGUAGAAACACGGGUGUG